AGAUAAAAAAAAGUUUGCUUGUAGAGUUUGCUCAGACAUAGAUAGCUGCUAAGCCUAAACAAAUACAAUAUGUGGGAGAUUAAAGAAAGUCACAGCAAAGGAUCCAUUUUCUGGAGAUUUAAAUUCUACUCAACGUCAAACCAGUAAAAAUAGUCAAGUCUGCUUUCGGGACUUCUUUGUUGUUGCAACUGGGAGAUAUUUCAAGCCCAUGAAGAGGUUAUCAGACUGUACAGUCAUGGUGUCCUGUGCUGUUCUCAUCCUGUUCCCUUUCUGGAUGCAGGUUCUGGUUCAAGCCUGUAAAGAAGAUGAGCUUUCAAGAGAGGUUGUGCUGUCGUGGUUCAGGGAGCAAGUUCUGGUGGGCCUUGGACUAGUAGAGCCCCCUUUAUCUCUCGGUCAAGAACCUGAUGGGGAGACGGCACAGCCACAGAUAAGAGAACGGUAUAAUAGGGUCCGCAGGGCAAGCAGAGCAGGAUGGGUCAAUCAUAAAACCAGUUUGGACCAGGAAAAUGCUCAAAUUACUCUGUUCUCCAGUUCUGACUCAGCCUGUGCAAUAGUGGACUCAGUUUCACCAAAAGAAAGCACCAACAAUCUUUUCACAUACCACUUCAAGCCAUCCAUCAACUACCUAGACACUGUGGUCACAUCAGCCCAGUUCUGGUUCUAUGCAGGGGAAGGUGCCACAGAAAACUCUUCUGCAUCACUUUUCUUCCUCAGCUCAGCCCAACAGCUUCUUCAGGCAGUGGAGACUCCAUCCAAGUUGAGCUCUGAUGGAUGGACCACCUAUCAUCUGGAUCAAUUCCUGCUGGAGUCUGUGGCUCGGGGUCCUUUUCUGCUUCAGGUUCACUGCUCAGCCUGCCAGUGCCACACCAGUGAACCAGACAAGACUCCUUUUCUUCACCUCCAUGUUCAGCCUAGGCGCCCCACUCGUUCACCCCGUCAGGCAGAGUUUAACAUCCCCUGGUCUCCCUCUGCAAUCUACCUUCUUCAGCGUCCCUCACAGGAGAGGCCUCAGCACAGCGACUGCCACCGGGCAGAAAUUGAAAUCAACUUUGAAGAGCUGGGCUGGGACAACUGGAUCAUCCAUCCGAAGACUCUGACCUUCUACUACUGUCACGGGAACUGCUCAGCUGGAGAUCGAGCCGCUGCAAUGUUGGGGAUGUCUCAGUGCUGUGCUCCUGUCCCAGGAACCAUGAAGUCCCUGAAGAUCACAACUACAUCUGAUGGCGGAUACUCGUUCAAGUAUGAGACUUUACCUAACAUAAUGCCCGAGGAGUGCACUUGUAUUUGAUAAACUUUUUUGUUAGAUGGCUUGUUUGUAAGGCUGCAAUUUUAUAAAUUUUUUGAAGGAAAGAAUUGUUCUUUCUAUAAACAAUCAUGAUAAUUUCUUGUAAAAAAUGGUACAUUAAUGUUUUAAUUUUAAUCCUUUUCUAAUAAAGGAUCACUAGACCUAUACGAUGGAGUAAACGAUUACAUCCAUGGGGAAUUUUUAGCUUAAUAAAGUGAGACUGUACUUUGAAGAGGAUGUGUUAUAUUUACAAGUUUCCUUAAUUACUACAGAAGUUUAAGAACAAAUUAAAUUUCCUUUCCGUUUGUCCUAAAAUAAUUGAAUCAUUCACCUGGUAAUUUAUCAGACAUUUUCAGUUCAGGGCUCUAGAUCAUUCAGAGUGAGAUAAUGAAUCCUUUCAGACUACACUUGGCAACAAAAGAAAGGGAAUUUGUGGUGCCCAGCAUGAGGUGGUGGUUC